UAGUAUAAAAACCUUUUUAUGCUUGUUUUAUAGUUAAACCUUUCUAAUGGCUUCCUAGGAAGGAUUAGUUAGAUAGCAUUGUUUAGAAAGAUCAUCAGUAGUUUAAAAUGGCAGUAUAGGAACAGCCAAGCAGACAUGGGAAUCAAUGCAGUUGCCUUCCUCAGUGCAAACACUUAAGUGAUUUCUGUACUCAGCAAGUGCCCAGUUCAGUCCUUGAGAGAAAAAGUAAUGGCUACACUUAACUAUUUCACCUAGAAGGGCAGACAGUAAUACAUAGACCUCAUUUGUUACAAGUAGAAAGUACAGCUUUUAGACAUGCUGUUCAAAUAUAGGGUAACUUUUUCUGAAAGCUGUAAUAGUUACUUCAGACCCUAAAACUGAGUUUGCAGGAUAAAUAACUUCUGUGUUCUAGCAAGAACUUGCUGUAGGCUAUAUGGAGGUUGCCCUGGUAAACAAAUAGUGUAAUGAACAGCUAAACCAUUUUGUCCUCCACAGGUAGUCUUGCCCCUCCUUUAAGCUCGGAGGAAUCUGCAUUUGUAUACUUGCUCCAGUUGACAAAUGCUUCUUUUUAUGUACCUCUUUAUGGUUUGGCAUACCAGAAUUGUCGAAUGUAACUGUCAUUUUAGCAGGUAUUGUGCUGCUUGAUCAAGAGAAAAUAGGCAAGAAUAGAGUUCUUAGUUGUACAUAAGGUAGAAUUAAAUGCAUUUUCAAUCACAAGAUUACCUUAUACUAGGCCAUUAAAAAUGGAAAGGGGAGAAUUGCAAAAUUUUGCCACUGAAUUGGACUGAAAGAGGUUAAUGGACUUAAUGCACUGUCAACUACUGGAACAUCUUGCUUUUAAUACUUUUGUCUUGAUAAAUCAAAGGUUAAGAAUGGAUACACAGUUAGUGUUACAGGAGGAGUAAAUCAAGUUAGUUAAAAGACAAACAUAGUAACAAUGCAAAGUAUUUCCUUCCCUCCUGCCCACAGCAAACUAGUGGACUGUUUCUCUGUUUACAGGACAUCGGCUGACAGAUGUUCCUGGUUUGAAAAAGACGACUUAAGUGAGUGUGAAAAAACAUGGAUCUUACUACUGAAAGCUGUCAAUCAAGACUUAAAAUGCACAAAUUGGCAAACAGUGUCCAGUUUUCCAGAGUUCUUUGGAAAGAGUUCUGAGGAAGAGAAUCUACGAAAACCAGAAGUCUUCAAAAUUGGAAUGAAAGACUUUCAGUGGAUAUCAUUCCCAUCUUUUUACAAAGAAAAAAGUCUAAAACAAAAGGAUCUUAGCUCCCCUCAGCUAACAGAAAGCCAAACUGACCAUUUACUGAAAGGAUGCAGCCAACCAGAUAAACCAAAAAGUUUACCUUCUACAGCUGAGAAAACGUGCUGUGUAAAUAUUAGAGAUCAAACCAAAAACAUGGUUGGGGAGAACUCAAAAGGUAUUUCAGUGCCAGAUGAAAAUCCUAAAUCAUGUAUACUCGCUCAACAUGAACAUUCUGCAUAUCACUUGGCAUUGUCGCAAAGCUCUGCAAAAGCUCUUAGCUUUCAGCAGCACUGCAGGGGGACUGUACAGAACAGCAGAGAGUCCCAGUUACAAACACAUCCAGGCAAUGUUUCGUUUGGUGAGGCCAGAUCUAUGCCUGCAGAAAGGAAGUCUCUUCUUGUCAACGUGCCCGGAACUGAAAGCUGCAAGGAAAAGCCUGAAGAUCAGAGUGAAGUAACUUUAAUUCUUGACAGUUGUCCAAUGUGUCUGAUUCAGUUUAGUGGAACACUGUCACAAUUGGAUAUUGAUGGCCAUCUUGCUAGAUGCUUGUCUGAAAGCGCAGAUGAUGUAACGUGGUAAUUUCAGAGGAACGAAGAGCAAAGUCACAAGGUCGAGGAUGAACCUUUCUCGAAGGAAAAAGUACGUCAAGGGAAAACAUGCUUGUCUCAAACUUUAAGGGUAGCAAACCAAACCAAUGCCUCCAAAAAGGAAAGUGAAAUAGCACCUGCCUGCAGUUUAUGGUCCUUUUAUUAUAAAUCCUCUCAAAUAUAUGUAAAAUAGUUCUAGUUCUGAAAAUGCUGCUAUAAGAUGUUCCAGCGACCCCCACAGAAAUGACUUAGCCUUCCUAGAAUCUGGGUACCUCAGAAGAAUGCACUGCUGCAAGUCCCUGAAGAACCUAUUUUGUCUCAUGUACCUUAGCUGUUCUGAAAAUAAAAGUACAGAAGAAAGCAGUUUAGAUGAAUGAACAGUUGUCUUGUUAAUCUAAAAGUUUACUGAUCUAUUUUUUCUUAUCAAUAGAUCAUUUGAGAAAAAUAAAAACUCACUCUAGCCUUGCAUUUUUGACGAGUUGAAUAUCUAAAUAAAGACUUUGUUGAUUCUCUGAAUGUAUCUAUGUUAAAGAAAACACAGCCCAGACCAAAUAAAGGGUGUGAUUUUUUUUUCCUUUUUGAAGCAACACAGCUAGAUUCAUAUCUUACUUCAUAAGUAUUUAGUCAACAUCCACUCCAUUAACAUGCCUAGUCUAAAGUAAGUAGGCUCCAGAAAGCAACAUAUAAAUAGAACACUUUUCCUGCCAGUUUCAUAAUACUGAAAUGCAACUCUAGACUUAAUAGUCACUCAGCCAAAACAGGGUUGCUCCUUGCCCCUGCUCGCAAGUAGGAAAAACAGCUUGUGCUUUUUCUUUAGUAAGCAUCAGUGUUUCAAGGGGAAAAAACAAACACACACACACACUGAAAGUUUGUCAUGUCUGGAUGAUAUCAAGACUCAUCUACAAUUUUCAUAGCUUCCUAAUAGCAGCAAGUAAGCAUUUUGUAAGUUUGAGAAAAGCAGCCUUCCCCAUGAUGGGCAAUAUACGGUAUUUAGUGAUAAUUUAGUAACAACAAAUGGAAGGGAGGAAAACAACAAGUAGGUUGUUCACUCGCCCCAAGUAUUCACUUGUGCAGUUUACUGAACAAGCUAGCUUAUUCAGGCAAUACAUCAAGUCUUGAGUCACAGCCUCAGAGUUGAAAUUAAUUUCUUUUCACAAAGCACUAUAUGCCAGAGUUACAGCAGUGCAUCUUUCAGCUAUUUCUAUAAUUUUCCCAUGAGGUGAAAAGUGUAACUCAAAUUACUAGACUAAGUUUCAGUAUUUGAAUGGUUUUCUGUCACAAUAAACUUGUGGCCUCAACUUCAAAAACAUACAGUUCAGAUAUGAUCCAAAAAACACAGAAGGAACAUUGAAUACAGUAUCAAAAUACAGUAAGAAUUCCAUAGUUUUGUAAUUUGCAACGGGGUCUUUUUAAAAAGAGUAAGCUGGACACAGCUCAGUUUACUGAUAAAUAAUAACAGUCAGCUUUUUCAUUAAAGUCUUUAAUAGUUGUGCAAGAAUAUAAAUGAUCUUAACUGUUAUGGAUUAGUAUACCAUCUUCUGCACAAUUAAAACUGGUCAGCAAAGAUCCCAACUAAUUAAUUAUACAAAACUACAAGAACAUAUUUACUGUUUUACAAUCAUUAAAUUAGCUAGAUUUUUCAUUUACUAUUUUCAAAUAAGACAACUAUAUAUCAUUACCAGAUCCAUUUGUAAUAUAUUAGGAUUUUUUUAAAACACACAUUUAAUUACAUCCUUCAUCUUCUUUUAUUUAUAAAACAAGUACUUCAUAUAAAAAAUUUCCCCUUCAUCAUAAACAGAACAUUUUUCAUACACUUGCACAUGAGCAACCAAACUUGUAACCAGCAAACUAUUUGGCAACACAGCAACAUUUUAAAUGCCUUAUAUUUUUAAAUAAAUGAAGUAUAUAUUUUUUUAAAUGCUUGUUUAGCAAA